CCGCCCCGCCCCUUCCGCUUCGGCUCUCGCCGCACUUCCGGUCAGCGAGGCCUCUUCCUCCGCUGGUCCGCCGGCUGGACCGCCACCCCCCCCUCCUGCACCUCCCCGGUUCUUCAGGUCUGGUCGGAGCCCGCCGGUCGGGCCCUCAGCGCGUCUCUUCGGAAGCCCGCGCUCGCUCCUCGUCCGCACGCGUCGCUGAGGCUCGCGGGGCCGGUGGGGGCCGGGCCUGCUGUGCGUGCGCGUCGAAGGCCCCGCAGCUCCGUUGAGGCCGCCGCGCCGCCGGGAUGCCGCGGCCGGGGUCGGCGCCGCGCUGGGCGGCCGCCGCGGGCCGUUGGGGAUGCAGGCUGCUGCCGCCGCCGCUGCUGAUGCUACUGCUGCUGCUGCCGGGCCCGAGCGGCGCUUCCGAGAUCACCUUCGAGCUGCCCGACAACGCCAAGCAAUGCUUCUACGAGGACAUCACUCAGGGCACCAAGUGCACCCUGGAGUUCCAGGUGAUCACUGGUGGUCACUAUGAUGUAGAUUGUCGAUUGGAAGAUCCUGAUGGUAAAGUCUUAUACAAGGAGAUGAAGAAACAGUAUGACAGUUUCACCUUCACAGCCUCCAGAAAUGGGACAUACAAAUUCUGCUUCAGCAAUGAGUUUUCUACUUUCACACACAAAACGGUGUAUUUCGAUUUUCAAGUUGGAGAAGACCCACCUUUGUUUCCCAGUGAGAACCGAGUCAGUGCCCUUACCCAGAUGGAAUCUGCUUGUGUUUCCAUUCAUGAAGCUCUGAAGUCCGUCAUCGACUAUCAGACUCAUUUCCGACUGAGGGAGGCUCAAGGCCGAAGCCGAGCAGAGGAUCUAAAUACAAGAGUGGCCUAUUGACACAGUGUGGAUACAGAUCAAGACUGCCAUGAGUCAGAGACCGGGAAAUUGAAGGAUGUGUCCUUGCAGGGUUUUGUGGAGCAUGGCAAUAAAACAGGGCAGCCAGCAGGAGAGCAGGCGGGAGCUGAGGCAAAGGGAGAGAUGCCUGAGGAGGACGCUGAAGAAGAAGUGUUCCUCAAAUUCGUGAUACUGCAUGCAGAACAUGACACAGAGGAGGCCCUCAGAGUCCAGGAUCUACUGCAAAAUGACUUUGGUAUCAGGCCAGGGAUAAUUUUCGCCGAGAUGCCGUGUGGCAGAAUGCAUUUGCAGAAUCUAGAUGAUGCUGUAAAUGGGUCUGCUUGGACGAUCUUGUUACUGACUGAAAACUUUCUAAGAGACACCUGGUGUAACUUCCAGUUCUACACUUCCCUGAUGAAUUCUGUGAAUCGGCAGCACAAGUACAACUCCGUCAUACCCAUGCGGCCCCUGAACAGCCCUCUUCCCCGGGAAAGGACUCCCUUGGCGCUACAGACCAUCAAUGCCUUAGAAGAAGAAAGCCGAGGCUUUUCUACGCAAGUGGAGAGGAUUUUCCAGGAGUCUGUGUAUGAGCGGCAGCAAGCUGUAUGGAAAGAGACACGGAGUGUGUUGCGAGGACAGUUCCUUGACUGAGACGAAGCACACACCCGGCUGGCUCCUGUUCUGUAAACAAAAUGAUUCAUCCUCACUUGAGAAAGCAGUGUCUCAGAAAUGCUUCUAUUUGAGUGGGUCUGCUUCCAGGAAAUCUGUGGAGCACAAGAAAGGUACAUUUCUGCAGGCCUAGGAUUGUAGAACUCUCUGAUGGUAAACUCAAGAUGGUCAGUUUCUAGCACUUUUUUUUGUAGUUUUCAUAGUUCAUGAAUAUUCUUAACUCAUUUCUUUUGUUGAACCGUGAACAGGUGUGUAUGAUAGACAUUUUCAAAAUACCAAGUUAAAAAUCC